ACUACGUACACACCAUCUUUCUUAAACCCCACUUAAUAGAAUUACGUACACCAGAUAUGUUAUUGUUGACGUUGUUCAUAAAAUUGUUAUCUAAAUAUGUGAUUCUUGAAAAUGAACCAGAAAUGGCAGGAGAAGUGAUUAAACAUGACACGGAGCAAUGGUUUUUCUUCAUUCCAAUUCAAGAUAGGGAAGCAAGAGGAGGAAGACCUACUAGACUUACAACACAAGGAUAUUGGAAAGCUACUGGUACUCCUGGUUUUGUAUACUCAUCAAACAACAAUAGAAUCAUUGGAUGCAAAAGAACAAUGGUUUUCUAUAAAGGAAGAGCUCCAAAUGGGAAGAAAACACAAUGGAAAAUGAAUGAGUAUAAAGCUACUACUCAUGGACAACCUUCACUAAUUACCAAUAAUCAUAUCACAAAUUUAAAGUUACAACAUGAAUUCAGCUUGUGUAGAGUUUACAAGAAAUCAAAAUGUGUUAGGGCAUUUGAUAGAAGGCCAGCUGGUUCUGGAUUAUUAUUACCCCCUCAUCAACCACUAAUUAAUAAUAAUAAUAAUAAUAAUAAUAAUAAUAAUAAUAAUAAUAAUAAUAAUAAUAAUAUUGGAACAAGUUCAUCAUCAACAGAAAUAAUACAGCCAAUGGAAAAUUACAAUGAUUUAUCUGAAACCCCAUUAUGGGAUUUUGAGGACUGGAAUUUUAUUUAAAAAAUUAAUGUUAUUUAGAUAGGAUUAAUUAUGAUAUUAUAUGUAUAAUGACUUGAUGAAUUAUCUAUUAGGGUUAAAUAACUCUAAAUAUAUCCAUCAAUUCUUAGAUCUCAAAAGUUUAGAAAUUAAAUUGUACUCUUUUCUAAUAAUUUAGAGAGCUAGGUUUCAAUAAAU